AUGAACACCCUCCAAGAAGCAAGCCGGAUAUACAAGGCCUUCCAGAAAGGCGGGCCGACAUUCGGAGGAUGGCAGAUGCUACCAGGGACAAAUCAUGCUCGGGCAAUCGCCCGUUCAGGCGUUGACUGGAUAUGUGUCGACACGGAGCACGGCAACAUCAACGACAGCCAAAUGCACGAAGCAGUCACCGCCAUAGCACACGCAGGCGUGAGCCCUCUUGUCCGUAUCGCAGCAAACGAACCGUGGAUGGUAAAGCGCGCUCUCGACAGCGGUGCCCAUGGUGUCAUAGUCCCUCUAAUUUAUACAGUCGAAGACGCCAAAAAGCUCGUAUCCUCCGCCAAAUUCCCCCCAGAAGGAACCCGGGGUUUCGGCUCCCCCCUCCCCACGCAAUGUUUCUCGAAUGAACCACUAACUUACUACCUUCGCCACGCGAACAGUACGCUUCUCACAAUCGUACAGAUAGAAACUGCGUCUGCACUGGCUUCCUGCCGGGAGAUUGCCGCUUUACCCGGCGUAGAUUGUUUGUUAAUCGGGCCGUUUGAUCUCGGUAACAACAUUGGGCAUCCUAUUUUGACUUCGACAAUGGACAAGGAGUUGCAGGAGGCGAUUGAGAGCAUCAAAGAAGCGGCGCAUGCGGAGGGAAAGAAAGUGGCUAUGUAUUGUAACUCGGGGGAGGACGCGAGGGGGUAUGCAGAGAGGGGAUUUGAUAUGGUCAGUAUACUAACAGACCAGAUGGGGAUUACGGGGGCGUUUGAAAGGAGUCUGGGGGUGGCCAGUGGGAAGGUCGAGGGGAGUGGGGAGAAGGGAGUCAAGGGGUACGAUGGAAAAUAG